AUGCAGGCUGUGACUGUGCUUGUGCACAUCCGGCCCUUGAUCGGAGAGGAGCGAUCGCAAGGAAACGAUUGCGUGUCUGUUGUUCCUGGAGAGCCGCAGGUAAAAUCUUCUUUAGGAAGUUUCGAUCGAUGUCUUUCUUUGUUUGAUCAGGUCCUUGCUGGGGAGCAUCGUUUCACGUUUGAUCGAGUCUAUGGAGGCGGUGGAACUGCGCCGCCGUUUAUCUUCGAUCAAUGCGUUCUACCGCUCGUGGAGGGAUUGUUCCAAGGUUACAACGCCACCGUCUUUGCCUAUGGUCAGACUGGAUCUGGAAAGACAUAUACAAUGGGGACAGGAUACGGCAGCAAGGAGGGCGUUAUCCCUCGAGUCAUGGACACGCUCUUCCAGAAGAUCGACGCUUUGAAGCACAAGGCGGACUUUCAAGUCCGGGUUUCUUUUAUCGAGGUGAGGUGUUUUUCUCACUGGCGUCACCGAAGUGGACGUGAAAAGCUCGCAGGAAAUGACUGCUUGCUUGGACAAAGGCUCGCGGUGUCGAGCGACAGGCAGCACAACCGAUCCCAUGCGAUUUUCACCUUAAACGUCGAGCAGCGUCCCAAACUGAGUGGUGAUGCGUCACGAGCUACAGUCGAUAUUCUCCGUGCGAAGUUCCACCUGGUCGAUCUUGCCGGCUCCGAGCGAGUAAAGAAAACAAGAGCUGACGGGGAUCGUUUCAGUGAAGGUGUGCAUAUAAACCGUGGCCUUUUGGCGCUUGGCAACGUGAUCAGUGCUUUAGGAGCUGACAAGAAACGAGGCCAUGUCCCGUACAGGGAUAGCAAACUUACACGCCUCCUACAGGUUAAUCGUGUAGUUGCUGAGAUCCAAAAAAUGCGACAAGAAGUAGAGCUGUUAAAAGGAGCAAAUCAGGCUCUUGAGCGAAAGGUUGACCUCCAAGCAAAGGAGCUGGACUUUCAGGCAAUGGAGCUGGACGAGGCAGCAAAGCGAGAAAAUGCUGGUCAAGAAGUGGUGGAAGUGAUCGUGAAGUGGGAAUCAAACGGAGAGCUUAUUGCCAUCAUCAGUAUUGGAAAGAGAGCCAAACUUUCGGAGCUACGAGCCCAGGUCACUCCAAGAGUUCCUCGUGUGAAGCGGGGUUUUACUUUCAUUUUGUGUGAGGGACCUGUCGGCCAAGAUCUGGAAGAUCAAAUCCGUGUGGUAUCGUUCAAGAACGACACUGGCGCUUUCGUUGUGGUGGUUCGUCCCCCAGCAACGCGAGGUUUUGCAAGCUUGAAACGAACCCCGCUCGUAGAAGUGACCAAGAAUGACGAGCCGGUGAAGCUUGUGAAGACGAGCGCUCCGAGAAGAGAGAAAAUCUCGCUGGCCCAGAGAGCCAAGAUGAGCGUCGUUGAUGAUAUACUAGCUAAGCUUCACUAG